AUGGAGGACAGAAUCCAGAGCAUUCUGGCUAGAGUCCUCCCGGCGAUACUCGAUGAAAUGGGUCUCCCGUUCAAGAAGCCCGGGGCCCCUAUUGGUAGGACGACUACCCAGAAAGGGCGCACCGGCCAACUUGGUAACACUGGACUGGCGCCAGACCCUCGCGCGAGGGUCGAACAAUCACCCUCACAAAACCUAGAGCCGAGCGAGCAGCCUUGGACCAUUGUAGUUUCCAAGACUGCAAAGAAGGCCGCCAAGAAGGCCGAGAAGCGGCCGGGGAAGGAAUCUUUGGGCGCCCCCUCUACGGUGGAUCCCCCAAAGGGGGCUAGUAACCCGGCUAUGCAGAGGGGAGAAAGCAAGAGGGCUACUGGGCCCGCUCCCCCCAAAAAAGGAAGGACGGAGCCCCCCAGAACCUCGGGGUCAACCAAGAUGAGGCCACCUAAUACGGCGGCUGUCUCGAUUACGUGCAUCGACAGAGAGUCGUACGCCGAAGUAAUGAGACUGGCCAGAAGCGAAAUAGAUCUCGAAGCAUUAGAGAUUAGAGACCUAAGACCCCGCAGGGCCAUCACCGGCGGCCUUAUACUUGAAAUACGGGGCAGCGGAAACGGCGAAAAGGCUGACGCCUUAGCCGACCAGCUCCGGGAGGUUACGGCCCACCGCAGCGACGACGUUGCGGACGCUGUGGGAAAGACUGGGGGCUGCCCCACGCAGCAAGUAAAGGUCGGAGAAAUCUGUAGAGCUUCAAACGGCAUGGGCACAUGCUGGGUGCGGUGCCCGAUGGGGGCCGGAAAGGCAGUCUUGGCCGCCCCACGAUUAAAAGUGGGGUGGUCAAGCUGCAGAGCGGUGCUCCUUCCCCCGAGAGGAUUACAAUGUUUCCGAUGCUUUGCCAAUGGCCAUACACAGGCCAACUGCAGCAGCCAGGUCGACAGAUCUGGCUGCUGCUAUAGGUGUGGCAACCCGGGCCACCAGUGCCUGGCGGAGAGAGGAGGAGGGCUGGCUAUCGCCGCUGACCCCUACAGGAUCCCCGAAGACAACCCGAAUUGGGUCGGGGAUACCCUGGGCAGGGUGGCGACAGUCAGCCAGCACGCGCGCGAUGCUCCGCCGAUGCUUCCGGUGGAGUCCGGCGAGGGCUUCGUCCUAGUUGAGUGGGGUCCCAUCGACAUUCUGGGGUGCUACUUCCCCCCCAGUCUAACGCUGGGGGAGUACGAGACGGCUCUGGAGCGGGCGGGAGAGUGCAUCGCUAGGCGCUCUCCCAAACCCAUCAUCGUGGGGGGGGACUUCAACGCCCAUGCUAGGGCUUGGGGGUCCCCGAACACGAACUCCAGAGGCCGUUGCACCCUGGAGUGGGCGGCAGGGCUUGACCUCGGUCUAUUAAACCGAGGUCGGGUCAGCACCUUCGUGGGUGGCCGCGGAGAGUCCAUCGUGGAUCUCACGUGGGCCUCUCCGGGCGCCCUUGGUAGGGUCAGUGCCUGGAGAGUGGAGGCCGCUCCCCUCGGGGAGCUCACAGAUCAUCGUCUGAUAGAGAUGGUAGUGGCCUCCCCACCCGCGGAGGUGCGGGCAAGGGUGCGCCGCCAGAAGGCCGAUAAAAGAUGGGUCCUCCGGAAGCUCGAUCAGGAGGCCCUCGAGGACAGCCUCGCGACUUCAACGUGGGCUGAACGGGGACAGGACGCCGGAGCGGAAGCGGAGACCGAAUGGCUUUGCGACGCCAUGUCGCGCGCGUGCGAUGCCUCCAUGCCCCGGAGCCGACCAAGGGCAAAACGCGCGACCUACUGGUGGUCCGAGGAGCUCGCCCAAUUAAGGCGGGCCAUGGUGGCUGCCAGGAGGGCCUACACGCGCGCCUGUGGCCGGGGCACGGAGGCAGACGAGAUAGAGAUGAGAGCGGCCCUGAAGGAAGCCCGCAAGGCUCUCAGGGCUGCCAUCCGUCGGGCGAAGGCCGAGGCCUGGGAGGAGUUUAUCUCAGGCCUCACGAGGGACCCAUGGGGGAGGCCAUAUAAAAUGGCCAAACAAAGGACGAGCCCGUACGCCCGGCCCAGACGGAGUCUACGGCAAGGUCUGGGUCCGGGCCGCUACGAUAAUCGGGCAGGACCUAAAGAGGGUCCUGACACUAUGCUUAAGAGAAGGAAUCUUCCCCAGGAAGUGGAAGAGGGCCAGGCUUGUCCUGCUCAAGAAGCCAGGCAAGCCAGCGGAGGACCCGUCUGCGUACAGGCCCCUCUGCAUGCUGGACGAUGCGGGCAAAAUCUUUGA